AUGCAACAUAAGUAACUAUAUUUCUUCAUCCAUGUCAAAGCUUAAAGGUAGAUCUAACACUGGUAUGGCAACUUCCCUAGCUUCUGCUCUGCCCACAUUUAGUGGCAACUUAUCUGAAAAUGUAAAUUUCUUUCUUGAUCAAAUAAAUAGUGUUGCUAAAUUAGAAAAAUGGUCAGAUGAAAAGAAAAUAAUCAUUCUGAAAAUAAACUGUAGGGAUAAAGCUCUAGAUUUCCUAAUUAAUGAUCCAAGAGUGGCUAAGGAAAAUAAAUUUGAAAAUUUAGAAAAAUUAUUAAAGAAUAAAUUUGCACGAGUUGAAUCCUUUCAGGACAUUCUACAGCAAUUCUCAAACAUUUCUCAAAAGUGUAACCAAUCUGUUAGGGAAUUAGCUGACGAGAUUACUACAACAGCGACAAAAUACAUAAAUGAAGAUUCGGUUGAGGAUUCUAGUUUACAUAAAUUAAAAGAGAAAAUGAAGCUCACUAAAUUUCUUGAGGCCCUCAGAACAGACAUUAGGAUUGAAGUUAAGAAAUUGGGUCCAUCUUCCUUUGAUAAGGCUGUAGAAUUGGCAAGUAAUAUAGAAAAUGCAUUGAAUGAUGAGAAAACAUAUUUGAACAGUAUAAAUGUUGAGCAAAAUUUAGAGAUUAAUAAUCUUCUCAAAGAAAGACUUGAACAGAAUACAAAAUAAGCCUAUAAACACAUCUUAUACAAGAAUAAAUCACAAUGCUUCUACAUCUCAAAAUUCUAGCAACUUUAAUAGUGUAUCUUGUCAUAUAUGUAGCAAAAGACACUUAACAACAGAUUGUUGGUAUUUUCCUAGGCAAGACCAGCAUAAUUUUAGAAACAACACAUUCAGGGGACACAGACAAUUUCGAAACACUUGGCGGAGGAACUAUCAUCCUUACAGAAAUAAUAGUCAAUACAAAAAAGGUCAGAAUAAGCAUUUAAACUAGCUAAGGAUUCUUGCCAGAUAUAUUACAACAAAAUUUUAGACCCCUUGCAAGAAUCCGCAGAGACUGGGGUUAUAAAGAACACCUGUAUAGACAUCAUAAUCCAAAAAAGAUCCAAAGUAACAGCAAUAAUGUCCAACACAAGUUUGCAAAAAAUAAAAGAUGUAAUAAUAGAAACUCAACCAAAUUGUUGAUGUCUUGUAACUCAGAAAAUUCUAAUUAUCUGCCAAUAAUCAAACUUAAAAUUGGUUCUCAGACUUAUGAAGCUCUUCUUGAUACUGGUGCUAAUUUAUCUUUAGUCCAACCAGAUGUUAUUGAGGAAAUUAAACAAUUCACUAAAGUUGAAUUUGUUUCUCGGAUGGUAAGAAUAAAAACUAUUGAAGAUUCAUGCAUCCCUUACAUGUCUGCAGUUAAUUUAAAAUUCAAAAUUCAAAGUAAAUGGUUCACUAAUUUAUUUUAUGUCACCCAAAACAAUUGGAAUUCUACUUAUCAGAUAAUCCUAGGUUAUGACUUCAUUCAAAGUAACAAAAUUUUGUUAGAUUCCAUAAAUAAGAAACUCAUAGUAGAUAAUACUCAUUUGGACUUUGAAGAAAAUUAUCCCAAUAAAAAAUUAAGCAACUCAGUUAAUGUAAGAAGAAAAAAUUGUAAUUUAAACUCAUUAAGAAUGGUUUCUAAUAUAACUGUCCAGCCAGGUCAAUCUCAAAUCAUUUCUUUAGCUGUUCCUGAAGCUUUAAAACAAUUUAAAGAAAUUUUGCUUUCUCCAAAGCCAUCAAAAAAUAAGUUCCAUAUCAAUGAAUCUUUACAUAUAGUUGAUUGUCACAACCACAUUCAAACUAUUGUUGAAAACAACACCAAUGAGAAAUUAAUUCUUAGGAAGAAUUCUGUUAUUGGAACUGCUGUGCCAUUUCACUUUGAGGAUAUUGUUAGUCCCAAAAAUCAUGAGA